GGUUUUAAAAUAAUCAGCGGCCACAGCAGUCCCACCGCGACAUCAGCCUUCCCUGCGGCUUAAGAAGACGAAGAAGAAAAAGCGCUGGAGGUCCGUCUGCCGCUCGAGCGCCACGUUCUUUUCGACUACCCUUGCGGAAACUACAGGUGUGAUGGCAACAGGAAGCUACAUCCGAACGCGCCUCUUCUCCUUUCCGCUUCCACGACACACACACCCACCUCGAUCAAUCAUGACCACCGACAGGGGCGGCUUGGCAAACCUGCUCGUCACCAACCUGGCACCCAGGGUGGACGAUACCGCUCUCCGGAUGGCCUUCGAACGCUUCGGCACCAUCGCAUCAUCGAAGGUGAUGUACGACAACCACACAGGAGAAAGCACCGGAACCGCGUUUGUAUGUUUCGCCGCACAGGCGGAGGCGGAGGAGGCUCGUUGCCAGAUGCACCGCUCCGAGUUUCGCGGCCGCAAGAUCUGCGUACGGCGGGCAAAGACGCCGACAUCCAGCGUACUCACGGACGAGGAUCGCUUCCGGCUACGCAAGGGUUUCGUGCGCAACGUUCCGCUGGACGUGACGGCGGAGACGUUGGCGGAGUGUGUCUCGCGGUACGGGACCGUGCUGCGUGUGCAGCUGCGCAAGGACUCCAUUGCCAACGCGGCUGACCCACGCCAAAUCGCCUUCAUCACAUUCGCUGAGGGCGGCGCCGCGAUGGCGAUGUGCAACGCGCUGCAUCACACGCUGCCCUUCCGCAGCUGCUUCGGUGUGCCACUGCUGUGCAACGUACGGCAAGAGGAGACGCCCUCGGAGGGGCACUCCUCCUCGGAAGACUUGCCGAUGGGAACUGCCGCACCGUCUUCCGUUGUCAUGGUGCAGGCCGGGCGGUACCGCCACGACCCGUACCGCUUUCCCUUUCUGACAUACCUGCAGUAA